CGCGCGCGAGCGAGCUUUCAAAGUUGACUACAGCAGCGCAAGCCAGUUCCUGGACAGUAAUGGCGCUACCGGGCCUGGGGAGCGGCCUGCAGCCCUGGUGCCCAUUGGAUCUCAGCCCUGAAUGGGUGGACACUGUGUGGGAACUGGACUUCACAGAGACUGAACCUCUGGAUCCCAACAUAGAAGCAGAUAUCAUAGAGACUGGAUUGGAUGUAUUCACAAAACUCUAUGAAAGUCUUUUCCCAUUUGCUACUGAAGAACAUGGGUCCACAGAGAGCAUUUGGGCCUUCUUCAUUGAGAACAAUAUUUCUCACAGCUCAUUGGUGGCUCUAUUCUAUCACUUUGUUCAAACGGUCCAUACAAAAAAUGUCAGUGUGCAGUAUCGAGAAUAUGGCCUUCAUGCUGCUGGGCUUUAUUUCCUGCUACUAGAAGUACCAGGUAGUGUAGCCAAUCAAGUAUUCCACCCAGUGAUGUUUGACAAAUGUAUUCAGAUUCUCAAGAAGUGCUGGCCUCAAGGAUCUAACUUGAAUCGGAAAAGAAAGAAAGAACUGCCAAGGAACUCUCAGACUAAGCUAAGAGGGAAUAGAAAGAGAGGGAAACUAUCCAGGAAAGAGGAUGUUGCGAUGGAUGAACUUGUAGAAGAGGAAGAAGAUGAAGAAAAUAUAUAUUUUUCUGCUCGAGACCUUUCUGAAAUCCGAAAUGCUAUCUUACACCUUUUGAAAAAUUUUUUAAGACUUUUGUCUAAGUUUUCCCUGAAAGAAAAGCCACAGUGUAUACAAAAUUGUAUAGAGGUCUUUGUUGCACUAACUUAUUUUGAACCUGUUCCAUAUGAACUUCAGGUUACACAAACAAGACUGAGUGAAGCAAACUACAUUCCAGAACUGGCCUACCAUGGACUAUAUUUGUUGUGCUCCUCAAUUCAUGGAGAAGGAAACAAGAGCUCUCUUGUAGAUGAAUUAAAGGAAAACAUAUUUCCAGUUCUUCGCAUCUUACUGCAACACAUCUGUGCCAAGGUGACAGAUAAAUCAGAAUAUCGGACCUAUGCAGCUCAGUCCCUGGUCCAGCUGCUCAACAAACUUCCUUGUGGGGAAUACGCUACCUUCAUUGCCUGGCUUUAUAAAUACUCACGAAGUUCUAAGAUCCCACACAGGGUUUUUACUCUGGAUGUUGCUUUAGCUCUCUUAGAACUACCUGAAAGAGAGGAGGAUAACAAUAUUUCCUCAGAACAUCAGAAGUUUUUGAAGCAUAAGUUCUUGGUGCAGGAAAUCAUGUUUGACCGUUGUUCAGACAAAGCACCAACUGUCCGCAGCAAGGCUUUGUCUAGUUUUGCACACUGCCUAGAGCUCUCUGUUACUUCUGCAUCAGAGAGCAUCCUGGAACUUCUGAUUAACAGUCCUGCAAUUUCAAGAAUAGAAAGCCAUUCUGGCACCUUAGUGAGAAGUUCAGCAUCUUCCUCUCAGAAGCAGACAUCUAAUCCUUCAGGAGACUCAGAGGUGAUAAAUACAGACAGCUGUGGUGAAACAACUAGACCUGGGGAAAGAUGUGUCAUGGCAAUGCUGAGAAAGAGAAUCAGGGAUGAGAAGACCAAUGUUAGGAAGUCUUCAAUACAGGUAUUAGUGAAUAUUUUGAAACCCUGUGACAUCUCAGCUAUGAAAGAAGACCUAUUAAUUUUGCAAGAACAUUGUCGGGACCCUGCAGUAUCUGUCCGGAAACAGGCCUUACAAUCGAUUACUGAACUUCUUAUGGCCAAACCUAGAUGUGUCCAGAUCCAAAAGGCUUGGCUAAAGGGGAUCAUCCCAGUUGUGAUGGACUGUGAGAGCACUGUGCAGGAGAAGGCUCUGGAAUGCCUGGACCAGCUCCUGUUACAGAACAUUAAGCAUCACAAUAAAUUUCACAGUGAAGAUGAUGGUCAAGUGCUAGCCUGGGCACUCCUUGCUCUCCUCAGCACAGAGUGCCAGGAAUUAAGCCACUAUUUAAAUAAGGCUUUCCAUAUCUGGUCCAAGAAAGAUAAAUUCACAUCCACUUUCAUAAACAAUGUGAUAUCUCACACUGGCACGGAACAUUCUGCUCCAGCCUGGAUGCUGCUCUCCAAGAUCGCUUGCUCGUCACCCAAAUUGGACUAUAACAAAAUAAUAGAGUCCUGGGAGAGGAUCAUCAGCCAGAAGAAUCCCAAUUCAGAUACCUUAGGCUAUAUCCUCUGUGUUAUUGGGCAUAUCGCAAAGCAUCUUCCUAAGAGUACCCGUGAUAAAGUGACCGACGUUGUCAAGUGUAAGCUGGGUGGAUUCCACUGGUCUCUAGAGUUGAUCAGCUCUGCUGUUGAUACCUUGCAAAGACUCUGUAAAGCCUCUGCAGAGACACCUCUGGAGGAACAGGAGUUACUGCAGCAGGUGUGUGGGACUGUCCUCACAACGUGUAUACACCGCCUUGCUGACGUGGUCCUGAAGGAAAAUGGAACUGGCCACCUGGAUGAAGACUUGUUGGUGAAGUACAUUUUUACCUUAGGAGAUAUAGCCCAACUCUGUCCUGCCAGAGUGGAGAAGCGAGCCUUCCUUCUGAUUCAGUCCAUUCUAGCUUCUUCUAUCAAUGCAGAUCAUUUAAUCGCCUCACAAGGUAGCAAUGAAGGCCCAGCCUCUCAGCCCCCCUUCCAGCUCACAGGUUCUGCCAUGCCCUCUGUGAUUAGAGCACAUGCCAUCAUUACAUUGGGUAAGCUGUGCUUACAGCAUGAGGAUCUGGCGAAGAAGAGCAUCCCAGCCCUGGUGCGAGAACUGGAGGUGUGUGAAGACGUGGCUGUGCGCAACAAUGUUAUCGUCGUGCUGUGUGACCUUUGUAUUCGCUACACUGCUAUGGUGGACAAGUACAUCCCCAACAUCUCCAUGUGUCUGAAGGAUUCAGAUCCUUUCAUCCGAAAGCAAACACUGAUACUGCUUACCAAUCUCUUACAGGAGGAAUUUGUGAAAUGGAAGGGCUCUCUGUUCUUUCGAUUUGUCAGCACUCUGAUAGAUUCACACCCAGACAUUGCCAGUUUUGGAGAGUUUUGCCUGGCUCACCUACUACUGAAGAGGAAUCCUGUCAUGUUCUUCCAGCACUUUAUUGAGUGCAUUUUCCACUUCAAUAACUAUGAGAAGCAUGAGAAGUAUAACAAAUUCCUCCAGUCAGAGAGAGAGAAGAAGCUGUUUUCACUGAAGGGAAAGACAAACAAGGAGAAACGGAUGAAAAUAUACAAGUUCCUUCUAGAGCACUUCACAGAUGAACAGCGAUUCAAUAUCACUUCCAAAAUCUGCCUUAGUAUUUUGGCAUACUUUGCUGAUGGCAUCCUGCCCAUGGACAUGGAAGCCAGUGAUUUACUCUCAGAUACAUUUGAGAUCCUCAGCUCCAAAGAGAUCAAGCUUAUGGCAAUGAGGUCUAAGCCAGACAAGGAUCUCCUAAUAGAAGAAGAUGACAUGGCCUUGGCAAAUGUAGUCAUGCAGGAGGCUCAGAAAAAGCUCAUCUCACAAGUUCAGAAGAGGAAUUUCAUAGAAAAUAUUAUUCCGAUUAUCACCACUCUGAAGACUGUGUUAGAGAAAAAUAAGAUCCCAGCUUUGCGGGAACUCAUGAACUACCUCAGGGAGGUGAUGCAGGAUUACCGAGAUGAAGUCAAGGAUUUCUUUGCCGUUGACAAGCAGCUAGCAUCAGAGCUCGAGUACGACUUGAAGAAGUACAGCGAGCAGCUGGCCCAGGAGCAAGAGCUGGCAAAACAAGCAGAAUUGAGCCGACUGGCUGCAGGGACGGAGGGGGCGCCGGCAGCACAGGUUGCUCCAAGUUUAGAAACAAUACCUGCUUCUGCUGCCCAUGAAAACCCCACAGUUCCCACUGCUGUGAGCCAGCCCUCAACACCCAGGCCCAGCCCUGGUCCACCUCUAGUUGUGCUGCCUUCCCUGGAGUCCGGGUCACUGAAGAGAUUACUGCCCAAAGCCAGAGGCAUGUCCCUGAGUACCAUUGCCAUCCUGAAUUCUGUCAAGAAAGCUGUGGAGUCCAAGAACAAGCAGCAGAGGAGGAGCUUGGGCAUGUUACCUUUCUCUUUAAAUUCUGGGAACCUAGACAAAACGAAUCAUCCUGCAUCUUCGUACAGUUUGGAGCAGGAGUCCAUUGGAGCUACUGACCACAUGGGUAACCGAGCGAUCAGCACUCCGGAGAAGACCAUCAACGAUGUCACAUUUGGAGCAGGAGUCAGCUACAUCAUACCUCCCACACCUUUUUCAGCCAAAGAGAAAACUGAAGGCCAGAGUCAAGGAAAGGACAUUUUAUGUUUAUCAUUGCCUGAUAAACCGCCUCCACAGCCUCAGCCAUGGAAUGUGAAGUCUCCAGCCAGGAACAAAGAUAGCCCAGCCCCUAGCAGAAGGUCACUCAGAAAGACCCCUCUGAAAACAGCUAACUAAAACAGUGCAUUCCAAGGAUUGUCCUGAAGAAAAAACUUGUUCCUGAACAUGGAAAGGCAGUCAGUGGGACUGUUUCCCUCAUGUAACAAGGGACACCUCUAUCAUGGGAUACUACUUUCCUUAAAAUUCCAGAUCCCCAGAUGGUUCACCUGUGUAACUAACUAGCCAGUUGGAUACUCAUCUUAAUCUGAUAUUUCUUUAAAUGUGUGACAAUGUCAAAUAAGAGAAAUGCCUUAGCUGUUUGAUCUUAUGUAUUCCAUUUGAAAGUAUCAAGUUCAUCCUGUAAGCUUUCCUGCUUUGUAAGGUAAAUACCUUCAUAUGUCAGCUUUCUUUUACACAAAUCAAACUUCUUCUAACGGAUUUGAAUGCCUAAUAGUACACAGUUCUUUGUAUCUACUGACAAAAUUCUGAUUGUAAUAUUUUUUCUAUUAUUUAUAAAUUAUAGAUUUUUUAAAAAAGUGUACAGCUUUCUAAAGUGGAACAAUAAAAGUUAAGAUGAUA